UCUUCAGUCAUGGCCGACGACUACAGGAGGGGUGUUGAGUUGGAAAGAAGGAUCUUUGAGUUAGAUAGCAAGUGUGUCUCUCUGCGAACGGAAAAGCAGGAUGAUGACUAUUUACAGAAUGCAUCCUCCAUACUAGACAAGUUGAAAAACUAUUACACACAUGGGGGAGAGAGCAGCAGUCUGCCAAAGCUCCUCCAGGACUACACACAGGUUAUCUUGGACAUUACAUUCUAUGAGGAAAACAAGCUGGUUGAUCAGGAGUUCCCAGAGGACACAUCUCCCUUCAAGAUUCAGCAGCUCCUGCAGGACCUGACGGAGCCCGAGGUUCUGGCGGGGCGCCUCGCACCUACCCAGGAGGUGCAGUCUGUCCUGGGGCAGGAGUUGCUGGAGUGUCUGUACUGGCGUCGCGGGGCCUUACUCUACAUGUACUGCCAUACGCUGCAUCAGAGAAAACAGUGGAUCAAGAAGAACAAAGCCACCUUCCUCAAGUGUCUUCAGGAGGGUGUGCGGUAUCUUAUGAGGAUGCUACAGGUGAGAAGCUCUGUGAAGCUGAACGAUGGAGUAGUUUUUCAUGAUUCUUCAACGGCCAAUUUCCUGGCAGAAGGCAUUUUCUCAGACACCCAUUUGCUUACCAUGAUGUACGUUGGGGAGAUGUGCUUCUGGGCAGUUAAAUAUGAGGACUGCAGCACGGACAGUGCAGCGCACAAGGAGGACAGGCUUCAUUUCCGGGAUAUUGGUGCUCAGAUUCUGCGGAAGUAUGUCCUGGCGUGUGAGGGCCCCCUCCAGGGCCAGGGCUGGAACACGGAGAACGCCAAGGAAAUCCUCAGCAUCCUGCAGUAAACACUGCCAGAGUCCCUGCUCACCAACACCCAUAGGUCUAACGCUAACAGAAACAAACCCACCGACCGGCUGAACAACCAACACAAACAAACAGAAAGUUAUUAAGAAGCACUUAUCUUCCAGAGUCCAGACUGUUAGUUGGGCAUGUGUGUUCCCUGAGGAUGUGGAGUAAGAAAUACGAUGUAAAAUAUUAAAGAUUAAUAACUAUUUGUUUAAAGAGAUAUUUCAGCUGUGGAGGAAAAAAAAGCAAUUUUUAAUUUAUUUUAUUUUAAUUUAUUUAUUUUUAAUUGCAUUAUAAAUGUGAGAAGACAUGUUAUCAGUGCGGGUUGUACAGAUGUGUUAACGACUGAAGUAUUCACAGCCAUUUUUGAGUAAGGAAUGUUUUCUUUUUAAUAUCAUAUUUGUAUACUGCAUCUUUUGCUUAGUUAUUAAAUGUUGCCUCUUUCCUUUUUGACAAGCUGUAAUGUUCAGAGAUGGGAACUUUGAUAUUUUCAUAGUAUACCUUUAAAAUUCUAAAGUUUUUGCUUGUAUUCAAAAUUGUAUUUCAUUUUUUUGUUUGUUUUAUGUCUUCAUUGAAAAUAAAUUUUGGUUUAAGAAAGAUUUAA